GAGUUUCCUGCGCAGUUUGAAGAGUGUGACAGCAGCAGAGUGGUUAGGAGGAUGGCGCUGGACUAAGCAUCUCUGUUCGUGUACAAGUUCUAGAUGAAAUCUGGACCUGUGACGAGUGAUAAGUGACCCUCAUCAACAACUUUCUUAUUAAGUCAUGCGCCAUAUUAUGUGUCUGUUAUCGGCGCUGACUUUAUGCCAGAAUGGGAAAGCGACUGGAGCGUUGAGUGCGAGCGGACAGUCCGUGCAUAUCAAUGACGGGAACUAUCCAAAGCGGGAUCACAUUGAACAACAGGAGCCUUCUCAGCACCGACAACAAGUGCUCGGUCCCCCGGCAGAUUCGGUUUAUAACCUAAAGGUCCAGGUCAACAAUGUGCUGAGUCGUCAGUACCUGAGCCAAGCGGUGGUGGAGGUCUACAUCAACUACACCAGGACUAAAACAGCUCUUACUGGGGAGGAUGGCGGUGUUUUACUUCAUGUACCUUACCAAACUGGGGUGCCAAUAACAAUUGUGGCCAGCAAGGAUGGCUACAUUUGUACACUGCUGCCUUAUAAAACCAACAGAAUGCCAAUAUUUUCGUCCGUGACCAUGUCACUACUUGGUCUGAAUCAGGGGAACAUCUGGCUCUUUGAUGAUUCUGUUCUGAUCACCGGCAAAACAUCUGACGCUUGGUCGCAGCCCAUUGUCCAGUUUCCCAAGAGCCUGCUGAAUCUGACAGCCAGCAGUAAUGUCACCUCUGUCUCAGCCUACCUGACCAUUCCCAAGCUGGCGUCAGAGGACAGCUCUCCCAACACUUUGGGCAUCAUGAGCAGUACAUCAGGAUACCUCAGUGUGGAGUUGAGUCCGGUGGCGGCUGUAAGUGUGCAGCUUUUCUCCGGAGACACAGAGUUACAUGUGAGUGGGCCCAUACAGAUCAGCCUCAGCAUCCCUGACAGCUGUGGACUUCACACUUCCAAUGUUGUUCCGGCAUGGUUCUUUAACCGGACCACUGGUGGAUGGAUGAGGAAAGGACUGGGGACGGUGGUGUCAGCAGGAGGAAAACUCGCGUGGACGUUCACAGCUCCUCACCUUGGUUACUGGAUAGCAGCUCCUUUGUCAUCCACCAGAGGUUUCUUUGGAUUUGCCAUCCCCAUUGACUUCAUCUUACAGCAUUCAUCUCUCCUGGUGGCUGUCCUUGGAGGAAUGCUUGUUAUCGCCAUCUGUCUCCUGGCUGGGUUCUUGUUUUAUUGCAGAUGUCCACUCAGUCAAACGAAAACAAAGAAGAUCCUACCGGCGCUGAGAAAAGACCAAACCACCUCCACAUGUGACGACGAAGGAUGUUCAGGGGACUCCUCUCAUCCCCAGGAUGGACCGAACCAAACGUUCGCAGAAAGGGGGGAGAAUCUGCACAACGGCAAUGUAAUAGCCAACCCCAAUGCUGUGGCUAUUACCAUGGAGUGUAACCAACUGGAGCUUAACACUGACAUGAAUGAUCUGCUGGGUUUGCAUGAAACUACAGAUCAGAUCAGAGUUCCGGCCUCUCUGACAGAGAAUCUGUUCCUUUAUAACCAGCCUGUUGCUAUUUUUCACGCUCCAGCAUUCUUCCAUUUGGAGGAGCAGCCCGAGUGGAGCAAGUCGGCCACUCUUCCCCGUGCGGGGGCUGCCUCUGAGCCGCUGGGUAAAGACAGCUUCACCCAGACUCUGCAAAAAGGUCCCUCUGCUGCCCAGAGCCAGGCAGUGGAAACUGAGGACCAGCUCGGGGUUCUCGAAAGCUCUCAGGCAGCAACGUCAACCAACACAUCCAGGGGUCACUUCAGCCUCCCAGAGUCAGCGUCGGUGCCGGGAACGUUAAAUAAAAUCCGGGACGGCAGACACUCCGUGCAUGCCUUGGCAGAGCUUUCUAAAACCCCCUCGACUCAGCCUCCUCGGGCCUGGUUCGUGUCACUAGAGGGCAAACCUGCAGCUGAGAUCCGUUACGCAGUGUCAGAGCAGCAGAGGAGGCAAAGGCCUGUAGAGAGUCGAGAAACCAGCUUAGACUCAGGAGUGGAUAUGAGCGAGCUGAACCAGACGUCUGGCAGGAGGGCUGUAACACUGGAGCGCAAUGCUACUUUUGUCAAAAGCAAAUCCAGCAGCAAACAAGCACCACAGUAAAAACUCUCAACGCUUGCCAUGCCUAUAGCCCCCUUAGUUUGUAUCAACAGCAUCAGUUCUAUCUAUGAGGUGUAACUUAUUGACCUCAUUGUUUCAUUUAACAUAUAAAUGUUAAGGCGCUAGUCCAAGUCGGGGGUAGAGGCCCAUUUGUAGCAUCACAUUCCACAAACGUGGGGGGAGGGGUGUUUGAUAGGACAGCCAAAGACAGGAAAGGACUGUGGUUCGGACUCGCGCCACUGCGGUAAGGACUGAG